AUGGCUGAACGACAGCGGUAUUGCGCGGUUUGCUCAAACCGAACAAGGACAUUACACAUGUUGCCCAGAGACCCCGAAUUAAAAGAAAAAUGGCUGGAGAUUAUUUUUGGAUACAUACCAAAACGCUAUAGCUCCAAGUUAACCGUAUGUGCCCAGCAUUUCGAAGAGACGGACUUCACCAACUUUGUCCAGUUUCACAGUGGCUUUGCAACCAAGUUGCUGUUGAAGCCUGAAGCUGUGCCAUCCCGGCUGUCUACCAGUGCUCUGUCCGUAAGUACCCACCGGGAAUUGUCCCGGUCCUCCCAAUUAGCCACUCCGAGCCUGGUACAUUUGCAUGUUCUUUGAACAGGCGUUGUUGAAAAUGUAUAUGCUGUUUCAUUUUCAGGACAUCGUUUCACUUUCACACACACAUUUUCACUUGUGUGUUGACUCUCUCUCUCUCUCUCUCUCUCUUUCUGUGUUUAUGUCAAUCAGACCACCUCAGGGACAACAGUGAGGUUCCAGCAUGUGUCUUGCCAAACAGACCCACCCAGUCUGUGUAACAGGGGUACACAGCUCUCUCUUGGUACUUUGCGCCAUCAUGUGAAAAGUGGAGGUUUGUGA